AUGCCUCAAGAUACUGUGUUAUUUAAUGUCGGAGGUACUAGAUUUGAAAUUCAGCGAAACCUAGUACAAUCUUAUCCAAAGAGUCGUCUGGCGGAGUUAGUUAAUAGUGCCUCGAAAGACAAUGUGAUAUUUAUCGACCACAAUCCUCUUGCGUUCAGUGUGAUACUUGAUUUUCUUCGCUACAAGAAAAUUGUUGUACCUAGAAAUGUUGCUCGUGAGGUUGUCGAACUGCAGUUACAAGAAUUUGAAAUUCCUUAUGGUAAUUUAUCGGAAGAAGAGAAUGCGAACGAUGAUGAGUUGCCUAGUUAUGAAGCCACAAUGUCUGGUUCUUCGUUGAAGGACACAGUGCUUAAAGUUUCUACCCGGAGAAUGGACACCUUGAUCACGGAUGUUAUUUUACCAUUUCUAAAACGUCAUGCUAAGCGAGCUCAUCGACAG